AGCUCGCUUGCUUGCCUGUCUGCCAGCGCUAACAGCGGUUCUAUCUGGAUCCUCCUCACAAUUAUUGUUAAUUGCUGAAACCUUUUUCUUCUUUUCGAGAGACAUUUUUCCAUCAUGGGCGACAAAAAGAGCCCGACCAGGCCAAAAAGACAAGCCAAACCGACGGCAGAUGACGGCUUUUGGGACUGUAGCGUGUGUACGUUCAGAAAUAGCGCAGAAGCUUUCAAAUGCAGCAUCUGCGACGUACGGAAGGGCACAUCUACAAGGAAGCCCCGGAUAAACUCCCAGCUGGUGGCGCAGCAGGUGGCUCAGCAGUACGCCACUCCUCCCCCGCCCAAGAAAGAGAAGAAGGAGAGGUCUGAGAGGCCAGAGAAGGAGAGAGCGGAGGGCGAGCGGACCGAUAGGAACCCGCCUGACCCCGAGCACCCCGCCAAGGACAAGCUCGAGAAGGACCAGAUUGACAAGGAGAAGAAAGACAGGGAGAAGGAUAUCACCCCAGCCAUCACCAAGAAACCUAGCAGCAAAAAGAUCAGACCCAAGACAGACAUCCAUCAAAGCCCACCCAGUGAACGAAACAGCAUACAGUCUGGGAAAUCGACCACCAAGACUAAGAACUCCCACAUCUCAAGCUUCUCUGUGACUGGCAGACCCAAGCUGAAGAACGUGGACCGGAGCACUGCCCAGCAGCUGGCUAUCACAGUGGGGAAUGUGACAGUGAUCAUAACGGACUUUAAGGAGAAGAGCCGCUCAUCCUCCACCUCCUCGUCCACAGUGACCUCAAGCAUGGCCUCAGAGCAGCAGCACCAGAGCUCUGGCUCCGAGAGUAUGGACAAGGGCUCGUCCCGCGCCUCCACCCCCAAAGGAGACCUCUCGUUGGGGCAUGACGAAUCAUUCUGAGAUGCCCCACGCCCCCAUAGGACACUGUGGAGAUGCUUGGAGACGCGAGCACCAUUUCACUAUUUUCCCUUGUGCCCUGCCCCGAUUCCAACCCCUUUCACUUUUGAUUAGUGACAGAAGGACCAACGUUCCUUUUACACAUAUACACACACAUUCACACCCAAGUGUAUGUGUGUGUGUGUGUGUGUGUGUGUGUGUGUGUGUGUAUACACACACAGAGACACAUUUACCCUCUCGGAUUGAUUGGCGGAGAUCCCAUUUCUCUGGACCUUACCAUGGUGGAUUCUCACAGUCACACCUCAGCAGCACUGGAGUGAUAGCAGGGCCUAUGGGAACAUCUCCUUUACAGCGUCCCACUCUUGUAUGUAUUGUUUUAUAUUUGUAAGUGAAUAUCAGGCUGAAUCAACUUUUUUCUUUCUUUUUUUUUUUUUUUUUUUUUUUUGGUAAGAAAAAAAAAACAUCUGCUGUGCACAAUACCCACCUACAUUUUAAUAAUUCUUGAACAGCUAUGACACUUAUUUAUUAUCUGUUGCAUCUUAAUACUUUUAGAGAUUCGUUUCAUCGACGCUACGCUAAGUAGCUCAGCAGAUGGCUCCUUUUUACACUUUAAAGGUUUUAAAGAGUCGGACUGGUUUUCUGCCGGAGCCUCCUGAGAAAGCCUUCCACAUUGGUGCUAGCUACACUGUGAAUUAGAUCUCCCACCUUGGGCUGUCUUUCACGCAGUGAGGUCCUUGAGCUUAAGCCCCUCCCCUUCCUGCUCAGCCUCGCACAUCACCACCACAUAUGUGAGCUCCAGGAGGAGUUCUGUCUACUUUUUCAUGGUGGUUCUCUUAACUUUACAUGUCACCAGCUAGCUGGGCCCGGUGCCUCAGAUGCUUGUCUUUUGACGCUUUGCUUUUUCAUUUCAGAUAGAUAGAGGUCAGCUGGAGUUUAUGAACAGCAAAGAGGCAUCUGGUGUAGUGUGCAUAGUGUAAUAUUUGGAUUGGAAAUCCUAAAAAGGAGGUUAAAGUUUAUUCUCAUGCAACAUUGUCAAGGAGUUAAUCAGAACCGUUCCUCUUUGUUGACUUGGCUUGUUGUUACUGUUUGGUUUUAUUAAUGGCGUCAAACGGAUAUGUUUGACCAUUUUUGGUGCUUAGUUAUUUAUGGAAAAUAGUAAAAACACUAAAACAUCAUUCCGUUGAAACGAAUUAAUUUCUCUAGUUAAGGGACUAGCCUAACUAGUCAGUGGUUUUUAAAUUAGGCCUUUGUACCCAUAUUCUAAUGCACUCAGAGUAUGUUCCGGUGUACUUGAAUGUUAGUUGUCACACAAUCUAAAAUUCAGUUAGAAUAAAGGAAAGUUAGAAUAAAGAACACAGAAUGAAGAUACUGACUCAAAAUAACAUAAUAACUACUAAAUAUACCUUUAAAACAAAAAUGUCACUGAAAGAAAAUGAAUCUCUUCAGGACACAAUGGCAAAAAUGAUCUAGUAAUGAAAACUCCCUCAAAUCAGAAGAUCCACAUAACUUUUGAAUUGUAUUAAACCUGUAUAAAGUUUGUGUAUAUUAUAUGAGUUUUAUUUAUUGAAGGACCAAAGGAAUUUGAUAUUGAUGACAUGCUAGAAAAAUAACAAUUUGAAAUGUAAUUAUCAUAUGUGUGAUAUAUAAUACAUUUUAAAUAAAGUCUAAUAUAAUCCAUAUCAACUGUCUAAUUCUUGUCCACUUUAUAAUCAGUGUUUCUGUAUACUGAGAAAUCCAUGAAUCACUUUGGAGUCAAACCUGUAAAGGCCACAUCUGCAUUAGAUGUUGUACAUUACUGUGUUGAUUCUUACAAGACAUGGUCAGUUGAGAGGGUCAGAUCUGAUGCAGCAUAUUGCCAUUUUUAAACAUUUAUAAUCAAGUUGCUUAAUCCUUAUGCUGAGUAAUGGUAUAGCACCCGGUUAAUAUUUAGAAUCAAGUGUGAACAGGUGUGAAAGUAUCACUCAGAAAUGAAGACUUGGUUUUGGUCCUCCAAUGAUGCAAUGAAGUUGAAUUUUACACCUUUUUAUUUCUUCCAAUAGUGAUUAAUCCUUUGAAAUAUGUCCUGUUGGGUCAACAGUAGUGCAUAGUCCUCUAGUGUUAUGUACAAAUGAAGGCUUUACCGAUUCAUUUAAUGAGACAUUAACCAUGUCUUGUUUGUGUAUUUGUGAUAUUAACCAGUGAUUGUUGGAUUCAGAAAGCAUAAGUUGUAACUACCCUCAACCACCCUUGUCACCUGAACUGAGAUGAUCUGUGCAUAGUUCAAAAACAAACUACAUGGAAUUUAUACUGCAUUUUGAUUACUUUUUUUUUCUUUCAAAGAAUAUGCAAUGUGAACGAAACAUGAAUGAAGAAAAAUGUUUGUUACGCAAAACACAAAUCAAAGGGGACAUUGAUGCUCCAAAUGCUUGAGUUUUAGCCUCAUUUCAACCCCUGUAGAGUCGCCCAAACUUGCUAAGCAAUGUAUAGCCUACUUUACAUUUCUUAUGAAUAUAGCCAUCUUUUCACUUGCCUUACCCGCUAUCAUAAACAGUUAGCUAAUUUUUGUAAAAUUGUAAAGAGA